UUUCAUUUUAUGGGGCGUGAAUGUGUUCCGAAAUGUCCCGUAACCAUUCCAGGGGAUGCCUAAUGCCAGCGCAAAGCCAAAGCACAGUGGCAGGAGAACCCGUAGGCGUCCUCGAGAGGACCCGGCCAGGAAUGAACUGCUGGCCAGCUCCUUGGAAAGUGCCCAACAGUGCCUCUUCAGCCAAGACUAUGGGCCCGCAUUUGUGCACUACCUUUUGGUCCUCAACCUGGCGCCCGAGUUCAAGGACUUUGCCAGGGAGUCCUUCCGCUUCACACUCUUUAAAUGGGCCGAGGAGCUGGACUCAGCGGGCCGCAUUCAAGACCUCUUUGGCUGCUACGAGCAAGCACUGGAGCUCUUCCCUGCAGACGAGGUCAUUCUGAACAGCAUGGGCGAGCACCUCUUCAGGUAUGAGCUACUUUAUUGAUGGUCAUGCAACAUCACAGUUUCCACUUUGCGUAUGGAAAACGACCACACAGAUAUGUUUUAAAUCCCCCGACAGUAGCUCAGGGGUGUCCAAAUCAUGUUUGUCGUAGUUCCAGCGUCCCUCACUCGGCCAUCAUGACGGUGAAACAAAAUAAAUGUUUAAUCGUCUCAUUGUGUGAUGACAUAUACACCACAAAUUGAUGGGAUGCUAGUUUCGAAAUCCGAAUUCA